AUGGGGUAUUCGGAUACUGAUGUGGCAGAAUACCUGUACAAGAACAAACCUCGGGUUGAUUCUCUAGUGAAAUUUCUUUGUAAGGACCUCAGAGGAGCAUGCAGCAAAAAGCCACCUAAAGUUCCUGAGGAUAGGAUUCCAGGAGAGCCUUUUGUUCCCAAGUCCUCCAAGGAGGCUGAAAUGGAGAAGAUACCAAAAUCUAUGGAGGGGAUGCCAGGAGCUCCUGGCAUGAAGAUGUACUCAAAGGAAGAUUUGAUGAAUACAAAAAACUUCGGUGAUGAUGAUGUAGACGAGGAAGAUGAUGAAGAUGAGGCACAAUUUCCUUCAAAUUUGGGAAAAGUCUUGAGGGAAAAGGAAAACAAGAAGGAUGAUUGGACACGAAGGAUUACAAAAGGAAUCCUAAAUGCUGGCGAGACAGUCAAGAAUCAUGCAAACAAAGUCUCCCACCGGAUUAGAAAGUGGUGGAAAGCAAAGAAGGCUGUAUUGAACAAGAAGAAUUCAAAUGCCAAGAAGUCAGAGCUCUAG